AUGUGCGCGUGGCCCUUUGCAGCACUCAAUUCAAUUCGCAAUCGCCUGCCUCGCGUCGCCCGUCUCCCCCUCUGUUGUGUUGCUGUGGCCAUGGAACCACCCAAGCGCCGUCGCAUUUGGGCGAAGCGGCCGCCGCUGCCACACGAAGAGCUCCAAGCGCCUGCCGCGCAGCCAGCUCUUGCUGCGGAGGCCGCGCCCGCCGGCCAUCGGCGGAGACAGGUGUUUUGCCCGGGCAGGGGCCCGGAACAGCCAUGUUGCUUUGCUGCUGAUGGCAGCGGUCGCGCCGCCAAAGGAACCCGGGACGGGUGCUGCAGCUUUUGUCAUCGGGACAACAUGGACACUGCCUUGGGCACUGCGCGUGGCCGGAAGAUCGUGGCCCGCCUCUUGAGGCAAUGGCGCUUGAUGGCGCCCAACAUCUUUGAGGCGGCUUUCAACCAGAGCGUUUUGGCGGAGAUCGAUGGCGCAACAAGGGAAAGCUUGCGCGCCCAAGUGUCUGAGCCCAUGUGGGAGGAGUUGCUUGCAAAGCGGUGCUCCAUUGUCGCCGGCCCUUCGCCUCAAGAACUCCGUGAAUACCAAGACGGAGUGGAGCAGGAUAGAGCUUAUGUGCAGAAGAAGUUCUUUCCAAGCAGGACACGGACGGUCCGACACGCCAACCACCAAUGGCGAGCACCAAUGAACGAGGAGCUUCGUGGACAGGUGCGGGAUCUCGCACACAACGAUGCUGGCUUGCCUGCUGCCUACGUCAGCUCUGCAGCUGCUGCGUUGGAGACUUGGUGCAAGCGUGGGUCUUGGGACUUGUGUCGCCAAUGUGCUUCCGUGCAACCACGUCAUCUGAAGGAAGCAGCUUCACGAGACGCAGCCAAGGGAAACAUCAUCCUUUGCAAGAACUGUGCCAAAAAGGAGGACAAGAAAACAUGGAUACCCUCACCAGAAGAUGUGCCGGCUGUGCUUCGUGGCUUAUCCUGGGCCCAAAUUGAGGCGCUGCGGCCCUUGGACGUGGACAGCGGGCCGGAAUGGAAGGCUGAGUUUGGCUACUACUUCCACAGCAGCAUGAUCCGCUUCUCGUGGGCCCUGGACGACGUGGAGGACAAGAUCGAUGCUUUGCGGAGUCGGCAAGAGCGGAAGAGAGCAAAGAAGGCUUUCAAUUUUCUCGUGGACAAGGACAACUGCAACUACUGGAAAUGGAUCGAGCGGCACCGGCGCUUCAUGAACGACAAUCCCCGGGCCACGGAUGAGCGCCGUAAGAGGCCACUUCGCUACAUCGAGGAAGAGGGCAUCGAGACCGCUGUGUGGCCACAUCUCUACUGGGAUACCCGGCUCUGUGAGACGGCCACUCGCCUAGCGGACGUUCGUCGCAAGCAGCGGGCUGGCCAUCAACAAGAUCCAGAAGACGAUCCCAUGGGUGACGCGACGGGGGGGCAAGAAGACAGCAGCGGCCGCCAAAGUCUCAAGCGGAGCUUCCUCCUCAAAGCCUUCGGGCCCACAGCGGACUACGCUGGUGACUACAACCUCUUGCACUUCGUCUUCGACCUGUCCACUUGGUCGGACAUCGGCGGAAAGAAGGGCGCUCUGCGAGGCAUGCCGAUGUGGCAAGCCAUGAAAGGCGCUGCCUGGACUCCUCAAUACUGGCAGGUUCGCCACGCGGCCGCCUUGGACAUGCAAGCUCAGUGCGGUUACCCGGUCGCUUUCAUCACUUGGGCUCCCUUCGAGUGGUCCGCUCCCUACCACGAAGCACUUCUGCAGCAGAUGCGAGAUUUAGGCCGGCAACGUCUGGGGUUGGCCGGGCCUGAAUCUUUGCAUUUGGCACAUCUCUUGACUGAGCUCUUCAGGGAAUGGGUCUGUGGUGGCGGCCGCAAGUUCGGCGAUGCCACGUCGCAGUGGAAGGCAGCUCUGUUUGGUGGCACGAAGCCGGAUGGCAGUCGGGUUAAGGUCAACUUCGUGGGCCGCUUGGAAUUCCAAGACGGCAAGCGGAAAGAGUCGACCCAAGACUACCAUGGUCGAGGCGCCGUGCAUCUCCAUGGGCUGGUCUUUGCCGAGAGCAUCAAGCACAUGAAGUUGCACGAGAAGUUCUCCGCGACUGUGCCUGCGGAAGGCGACCCGCUGAGAGGCUUGGUGCUCGAUGGCCAAACGAGCAGGACGGGCAGCGGCUGGCCGGUCUUUGAAGGACCUUCUCACUAUGACGCGGCCGUGGACAAGGUGAAGCUUCACCACUCCAUGGAGGACAAGCGGCUCGGCGUGCGAGGCUACAGCCCAGAAGUCCUGGACGUCUUGAAAUGCCAUCAGGAUGCGCAGAUCGAGCGCGGCACCGGCCUCAUGCUCAAGUACGCCGCCACCUACUUGCCCAAGUUCAGUGACGGUCCUGGCAAGGAGCUCAUGGAUGACAGUAGCAGCGGCUAUGGAGCUGCCAGGCGUGCCCUUUUCACUUUUCAUCCCGGAGAGCCUGAGAUGUGGCUGCUGCUGGCCAAUCAAAGCUUCCCCAUGUUCGUGAUGGGUGGGACUAUGCAGCCGAUCAUCGCGCCGCACCCAGGCAUGGAGCAGCCCCCGGCUUACGUGGCGCUCUACGAGCAGGCCGCCUGGCGCGGCGAGAUGACUCUCCUGGAGUACUUGCGCAGGGUCAACAACAAGGGCAACAUCUUGGAGCACAUCCGGAAGGCCCACAUGAAGGACACCAGAGGCCUCAGUUUAGAGAGCUUCGCGGUCCGUUACGAGACCUUUGGCGAGAAAAUCAUAGCUGCGGAGAUGGUGUCCAUGCUCAACGAUAAGCCGCUCGGUUCGAAACCGUUAUUUGACGGCGACGGGUUGUUCAAAGGCGUCGCCGUCUUACGGUCGCCUCGCGCUCGACCGCUGUUGAGGUACUAUGGCCAGUGGAUGGCAUUGAACGUACCCUUCCAGACGCUGAGUGGCUUGCUUGUGCCAGACAUCGUGGACAAGGUGCCUGAACACGUGAAAUUUUUGGCUUGCGCUCUGCAUUGGGCACCGCACGUGUGGCGGAACGAGCAGGCCAUCCGGGAGCACAUGGCUUUGAGGGCGCACAAAGAAUCCCUGGUCAACACAGUGGUUCAAAUGAUCAAGACCCAGGAAUUCUUCAUUCACCUGCAUUUGAACGGGCACCUGGAACGAGAGACGCGCGUGCGGCCGGCUGCGCGGGUGAUGCCUUCUUACUUUGAAGAUGCGGAGAGCGGCUUGCGACUCACCCCGGAGCAGAAGCGGGUGGCCGACAACAUCGACCAGCGCGUCGAUCAAGCCCUGGCCAUUCGAGACGCUGCCGACGAGCAGGAAAUGGAGCGAUUGCUUGGCCUCGCAGAAGAGCACGGUUCCAUGGUCGCCGUGUCUGGCCAACCCGGCACCGGCAAGACUGCCGUCGUGGACCUCUGCGUCAAGCGGGCCCAACGCCUGCAAGCCCGGAUCUUGCUGGCCAUGCCCACGGGAGUUCAAAGGUCUCGAAUGAAGCAACGCCACCCUGAAGUGGACCUCGACACUUGCCACGGGGCCUUUCUCUUCCACAAGCCGCUGGUAGAGGCCAUGGGUAUCAUGAUGUGCUAUGAUCUGAUCGUCGUCGACGAGGCCGUCCAACUUUUUGAAGAGCAUUUUGAACGGCUGGAUCAAAUGUGGCGGGCGGCGGGCAAGGUUCCGUGCCUGGUCUUCGUGGGCGAUGAGUGGCAGUUGCCGCCGCCGGACAACACCAAGCGCAGCCUUGUCCACCACCCCAAAUGGCGCCUGGUCUACAAGAUUGAGCUCCACAAGGUCUGGCGCCAAGCCGACGGAGACCCCUUGCUGGAGAAGCUGGCCUACCUGCGCAAGAACCGGCCCAUGGGCGGGGAAGGCAGCGCCUUUGUGCGAGAUAUGUGCAGCGGUCGCAGAGCCUGGUCUGGGCACCACGAGCCCACGAACCUGGACAUCCAAGACUUGCUGCGCAAAACCGAUGGGGCUACCACUGUCAUCACGUGCACUCGAUGGGGCGCUGCUCUGGUUAACGCUUUGGCCGUGGAGGUGCUCUUCGAGCUACCCGGCCGCAUCAAAUUGGGCGGCGUAGGCGCUGACUACGAGAGCAACCCCGACAACUACCAUUGGAACGGGGUGGCCUACGAGAUGAGGCAGGAUCAAAGCCCGGAGCCCUUGAAAUUAGACCUCUACGAAGGUCUGCGGAUCCGCCUGACCCGGAACAUGAACAAGAGGCUGGACUAUGUGAACGGCAUGACGGCCACGGUCCAAGCCUUCGACCGGUCUUCCGGGGGCGUCAUUGUGGAGACCGAGACCAAGCAGGUGCUCUGCGUGUACCCCGUGACGGAAGAUGCCGCCGGCGGCCGGGUGGUCUACUACCCGAUGAAGCCCGGGUACGCAGACACCGUGCACAAGUUCCAGGGGGCGGAGCUGGCCCACGUGACGUUUUGGCCUGACAGGGAAGGGUGCGCAGCUGCUGCCUAUGUGGCUUUAUCCAGAGUUAAGAAGGACACCGACUACCUCUUGGGGGGCUACAUCAAGCCGGAGCACUUCGUUCCUGCCAGGUGA